GGAAGGUAAAGAAGGAGCUGGACCCCGAGGAUGGGCACCUGAGCCUGGGACGAGACGACGAAGCUCCUUCAGGACCUGCAGGAGGCGCAGGCGGAGCGCGGAGGCUCGCGGCCCCUCGUCCAACCUCAGCUCGCUGUCCAACACCUCUGACCGGGACCAGCACCACCUGGGGAGCCCUUCUCGCCUCAGUGUUGGGGAGCAGUCGGAGGCGGCCCACGACCCGUACGAGUUCCUGCAGUCUCCAGAGCCUGCGGUCCCGACAAAGACCUAGCCUGCACACGGCCUUUGGGGCUUCUCUACUUUGCAGUUUUUAUUUGCAUGUACAGAGUUUUUGUCAGGAGACGAAGACUUCAUCUUGUCCCCUUCGGCCUGCGGGAGCAGCCCCGGGGAGCUGGGGAGCUGUCUGCGGUCACGUCGGCUGCACUCGGGUGUGGGGUGUCUGUGGACAGCCCUGUGCACCCUGGGGUGGGCGCCACUUAUAAAGGGUGUGUGAGCGAUUGUGAAGCCGGCGUGAUCUGUCUCUGGGCUGCUUCGUGGCGGGGACGUCCCUCUCGGUGCCCUUGUAGACACACUGUUCAGUCCGCGUCCUCGGGGAGCGGACGUGGGUGAGCCCUGUGUGUACCCUGCCCCACCGAGCCCGCGUCCCCACGGGGCUGGGGCAGGUCACGGCGGGGGCCGCCUGGGGAGCUCUGUCGGGCAGUGGCCCGUCCUGUGGCUGCAGCCGCGGGUCACGCUUUUGGAAGCGCUUUGUUCUGGAUGUGUUUGCUGGAUGCCUGUUUGUGUCUGCAGAUUGUAAAUACAGAUCUUGAUAAAAAGA